AUGAAUAUUGGCCUCCCAUUGCUUGUCUAUUUUGCUCCCAAUCCAAUUGCUGAGCUUGAUGCCGACUUUGAGGGUUCGGCAAUGAGGCAAAAGAGUUCAUUGCUGCUUCAUCGACGGUCGUUCCAGUCCCUGAGCCGCAGUUUAAGAAUUGAUGGAGAUAUCAUGGUCCCACAGUCAAGGCUGGAUCGUCGAUUCAGUGUCUGCGAACGUGUCAGCUUUGGGAGCAGACCAAGUGAUUUUGAUCCCAAUUUUAGAUGGUGUGGGUCAUCUGAUGAUGAGAAUUUUGGCAUAGAGUCACCUAGUACAGUCAUUUUUUCACCAAUGUCAUAUGGCUAUGGUGAUUCAUCAGUGGAAGAGAGGGAGAGACCAUCAGGAAAAUCUAGGUACUGUUCGGUGGCAAGUAAGCAGAUGGUUGGGAUAUUUCUCACAGUAUGGGUGAGGAGUGAAAUUAGAGACGAUGUAAAGAACUUGAAGGUAUCUUGUGUUGGCAGAGGUUUAAUGGGUUAUCUCGGUAACAAGUUCCCAGGUAUUUUGUUGAGGCAACACCAAGCUGAUGAGGAGGAGGAGGAGGAGGAUGAUGAUGAUCACCUCCUUGUAGUGUGGUCAGUACUG